AUGUACACACGAAGAACAUCUACAUUUUCUCCAUCUACAACACCUCAAUGGAAAUAUGAUGUCUUUCUCAGUUUUAGAGGUGAUGACACUCGGAAGGGCUUUACAGACCACUUAUAUGAAACAUUGAGAGCUCAAGGAAUCAUAACUUUCAGGGAUGAGCCUAAAAUUUCGAAGGGAAAAGCUAUUUCUCGAGAACUAACUGCUGCGAUUGAAGGAUCAAGGUUUGCGCUUAUUGUCCUCUCACAAAUUAUGCAUCCUCAACAUGGUGCUUGGAUGAACUUCUACACAUUCUUAAAUUCAUGGAAGCGAGAGAAGCAGUUCUACCAAUUUUCUAUUAUGUUGAUCCAUCUCAUGUACGAAAACAAACGGGGUGUUUUGAGAAAGCCUUUACACAACUAG